CCUGGUCCCUCUGCCAUCAUGCCGAUGUUCAUCGUAAACACCAACAUGACCCGGGCCUCUGUGCCGGAUGGGUUCCUCUCCAAGCUCACCCAACAGCUGGCGCAGGCCACCGGCAAGCCGCCCCAGUACAUCGUGGUGCACGUGGUCCCGGACCAGCUCAGGGCCUUCGGUGGCUCCAACGAGCCCUGCGCGCUCUGCAGCCUGCACAGCAUCUGCAAGACUGGCGGCAUGCAGAACCACUCCUACAGCAAGUUGCUGUGUGGCCUGCUGGCCGAACGCCUGCGCAACAGCCCGGACAGGGUCUACAUCAACUAUUAAGACAUGAACGCGGCAAACGUGGGCUGGAACAACUCCACCUUGGCUAAGAGUCGCGCUCAGCCUCUCCCCGCUGUCUGCAGUGGCCCGACCCAGGAACCCGCCUCACCCUGUAUUCUAGGCCCGCCCGCCUCCACCUUCUGGUGGGGAGAAAUAAACGGUUUAGAGA